CAACAUUUGUUAUCUUUUUUUUUUGCGCGCUCGCAAACUAGGGUGCCUAAGUUUUGCUUGGCUUUGUCGGCGCCAUCUCUUUCUAUCCCUGCCUAUAUUUUGUGCUAUCGUUAUCUACAUACAUCUCCACACUAUGGGUUGGUUCUGGGCAGAUUCGCAACCUAAGCCUAUCCCCGCGGCCCCGAAUCCGUUGGUGGCCUCCGACGCCUCGCCUCCGCCGGGAUGUCCGAUGCACGUAUCGAAUAGUGGCCCUCCUUUGCAGAGUCCAACUGCUUCAAAAUCUGAAGGUGCUUGUCCAGUUCGGCCUACUGAUUCCCCGUUCUAUGCGCCACCCAAGCCGCAAUCGUCGGUGCCGCAACCACCAACGUCAGCCCCUACACCAAGCGAGUCGAAGUCGACUCUCUCGAAAUUGAACCCUCUCAAUUAUAUGUUUGCAUCCAUCUCUCAGGAAAGAGCCCCUAAUCAGACCGUGGACCUCCCCGUGGACCGAGAGGUCUCAUCUAUCCCAAGAUCGGACGUCGAAGGCAAUUGGGAAUACCCCUCACCGCAACAGAUGUACAAUGCUAUGCUGCGCAAGGGCUACACCGAUACCCCGCAGGACGCUGUUGAGGCAAUGGUUGCUGUCCAUAAUUUUCUGAAUGAGGGUGCUUGGGACGAGAUCGUGCGAUGGGAGCGCAUCUUCUCCAAGGGUCUCGCGGAGGGCUGGGAGAAGUGUCGACGCGGAGAAGAAAACCUUGCCAUGGAGGAGCUCCGGGAAUAUAUCGCCGGCUCCUCACAGCAGACUCCUGCACCGCGGCUCAUUCGAUUCCAAGGUCGGCCCCAGGAGCUAACGCCAAAGGCACGGGUUCUCCAGGCACUCGGCUGGUUGUAUCCGGCUAAAUUCGAAUCAAACCCGCCCUUUGAUCGGCACGAUUGGUUUGUGAUGCGACAGACUCCGUCAGGCCCGAAGGAGGUUCGUUAUGUUAUUGACUAUUAUUCUGGACCCCCGGAACCUAAUGGAGAACCGGUCUUUUUCCUCGACAUCAGACCGGCUCUGGAUUCGCCAACCGCUGCCGUUGAGCGGUUGAUGAGAUGGGGAGGAGACGUCUGGUGGCGGGCUAGCGGUGCCUCAGCUCGAGAAAAUGGCGGAAACUGACCGAUCGGAAGUGUGGCCACUCAUUUUGACUUUUAUUUUUCUCCCAGUAAUCACCGGUAUACACUUUGAGAAGGCGCGGGCGUCUGACGAUCCCCUUGUCUUGUGGGACUGUCCUGCUGUAUCCUUGUGGCUGUUCUUCUGCAUCACACCCCCCUCAUGUAUUAUGUAUCUUUGCAGUCUCUUAAUUGUGGGCUUUUUCAAAAAUGUAUAAGUAACGAUGGAGUACGACUGUCGCAUUGAUCACUUGUACUCAGCUCACGC